AUGGGUGAACGCAUUGUCAUCCACGUACCACUUCACUCACCACGAGACCAGAUCUACACUGCUCUGCAAUGCCCUCCAUGUCACCCUUCGCCACACUCACCUCUCAACCCAUCACUCUCAUCGCCUCCUUCAACAUGUACUUGCGGUGCUCACCUUUCACCGUCUCUUCCACCUCUCCACCAACCCGCUGCUGCACACCACCACCACCUCCACCUCCGUUCUCACGCAAUCCACAGCCAACCCAAGACGCCUCUCAUUCCACUCUCCUCCUCCACACCUCCUAACUCGGCUGGCUCUGCUCCUGCUGUCGCUGCUGCUGCUGCCACUACUGCUGUCACCUCAUCACCUCGCCCCCUUUCCCAAAGUCAAUAA